AUGUACGGAUGUGCCUAUAUGGGAAACGACAGUCUGCUAGGCACUGCUCCAUUGUUCCAUUUGUGGUUGGAGCGUCCCGACAAGACAUUUAGACACGGACAUUGCGACAAUACGCAGAAUAUGGACCACUUUAUUUUUGAGUGUUUGUCAAAACAUGACCGGCCGACCAAUAAAGACGAAUCUGAAAUGGGCUGGCAAUAUAUAUCGCUGCUUGAACAUACAGCUGAGUCAUUGCAAAAUAAAACCAAAACACGAUCCCACAGAUGUGCCUUAUACGAUGUGUACGAUGAUGACCAUUUGAAGAUUAGAACAAUCCGGAUGGUGAUUAGCAAGCCGGUAAAAGGAGAGGGAUUUAAUGUAAGCCAGUGCAAUGGGCUUUCGGAUAUUUUGGCACGGGAUUUAAUGCCAAUGAUCCCCGAGGGAAAUAGAUGUUGGCCCGAUGGGUCUUUGUACAUCUAUUUAUUAGGAAGAAAGGCAAAAAUCUUUUACAAUACUACUACAAAAACACCGGUACUUCCGGUUACUAGUCGUCCAACUACUACCACCAGUCGUCCAACAACCACUACUACCACCAGUCGUCCAACAACCACUACUACCACCAGUCUUCCAUCAACAACUACAACUAAAAAGACCAGAUAUUUUCCUUUUGCAUUUUAUAGUUUUGCUUACCCAACGAGACAACUAAUAGCAUAG